AUCGUCGUGGGAAGCUUAUUUAUGGUUGUAUUGAUUACACAUGAAUAAUGGAUAUUAUUGGGUAAUCCUGAAUGUUUAAUCCAGAAAUUAGGUUAAGUGGCACUGUUGGCCAACCAAAAGCAUCCCCAAAUAUACUCAAUAAUGACACUCUCUAGUUCUUUUAUUGGGUUAGGAAUUACAAAAUUCUUCAACGUCUUAAUGAUUAUAACUUGCUUACAAAGCCAUAAACACGGACGAGGUUGCGAAUAAAACCCCGACCAAAGUCCCCAGUUUUCCAUCAUUUCAUACACUCACACACGCUUGCAUAUCGACAAGCACAUACGUUCGCGAAGGUAGUAAGAAGAAACCAGAAAAGGAAAGAAAAAAAAAAGAUGAAAGAUAGGAAUCAUUGGAUACGACGAUUUGUGUCAUUACCAUUUUCAUUGGGUUGUUCAACGCAAUCCAGCGUCGCCGUUGCUGAUACUCAUGAUCAACCCAAGAAACCCAACCAGCUCGUCAAGAAGAGAGAAGAAAGUGAGGAAAAUGGCUUGUUUCGAAAAGAAGACACAAACGACGACGACGACAACAACAACAACGGCAGUGCUAAUAUCUCUGACAAAAUGAUUCGAAGCUUCAAAAGUUUUUCUCACUACUUCAUUCGUUACGAAGAUGAGAGGGAAGAAAGAGAGGCGGAGAUGGAGAUAGGGUUUCCAACGGACGUGAAGCACUUGAGCCACAUCGGAGUCGAUGGAACCAUGACCACUUUUGACUCAUCUUUUUCAUUCACCGGUUUCCACCUCGCUGCAGUCUGAUUUUAUUUGUAUCUUUAACUAAAACACAACUUUACAAAAAGAAAAAAACAAUAACAACUUUACAUAUAAUAUGCAAUAGUUCCUAAUUCCUAUGCGUCUUAAGAGUA